AUAAUUUGUAAAAUUAAUGCUCACUAAAUACUUUAGGUUGAAAAAUGAAGAAGAGAAGUUUCUAGCAUGAUUAAAAGAAACAGUAUUCUUAAGCGUCAUCUUCUCUAUAUAAACCAAGGCAACAAGUGUUAUUUCAUCAACCAAAACAAAACAAAAGAAGAAACACGAGUGGAAGCUUUUAAACAAAAUUAAAAAAGAGAGAGAGAAAUGGCGACGUCGGGAACAUACGUGACGCAGGUGCCGUUAAAAGGAACGGUGGAGAAACACUUCAAGAGGUACAGGAACGAGAACUAUCUCUUCCCUGACACUAUCGGCCACCACAUCCAAAGUGUUACUGUUCACGAUGGCGAAUGGGACACUCAAGGAGGCAUCAAGAUUUGGAACUACACACUCGGAGAUGGAAAGGAGGAGGUAUUCAAGGAGAGGAGAGAGAUAGACGAUGACAAUAAGAUAGUGAAGGUUGUAGGAUUGGAAGGUCACGUGAUGGAGCAGUUCAAGGUGUAUGAGAUUGACUUCCAAUUUAUUCCCAACUCUGAAGAAGAUUGCGUCUGCAAAAUCACUAUGAUAUGGGAGAAGCGCAACGAUGAUUUCCCCGAACCAAGCAGCUACAUGCAACUCCUCAAGAGUAUGGUUAUUGAUAUGGAGGACCACGUCCUUAAAGCUUAAUCAAUAUCACAACCACCACCAUCAUCACAACCACCAUCACCAUCAUCCUAUAUAUUUAUUAAAUUGUUUUCAUUUAUAUAUAAUAGACUAGAUAAGAACCUGUAUAAUGUGCGGGAUAAAAUGAUUGAAAUAAAUUAUUAUGUAUAAAAUUAUUAUAUGAGAUAUCAUAUAUGUUUGUAUACAAGAAAAUAUGUAACUAAAGUUUUCGUUUUAUUUAAAUUUACGUUUAUUUCGUAUAAAAAUACGUUCCACCUAUAAAAUAUUUGAAACUGAAAAAAAUGAUUUAAUUUUUUUGAAAUCUUUUGAUUUAGGCUGUAUGUUAAGAUUCUCUAUAAUUAAAUAAAAAAAGAUAAUUGGA